UAAUAUACUCAAGAUCAAUACGCAUACACAUCAUGUCGCAUGCUUCACGUCGUUGCUCCUGUGUGUUGAUAAGUGCUUCUAGUUUAAUGGGAACCUAAGAUGAUGAGACCCUGCACUCCAACGUUUCAAUCCUUUGUCCCACCAGGAGCAAACUUUUUAACUUUAUCAAUGCUCACAGAUGUAUUACAGUAUGCUGCUCCUCGCUUAUCACUCCUGAUAACUAAAAUCUUCUGCUAAAUCCCAUUGCCUAUCAGGUCGUGCAAGAGUCAAAUGGGAAACGCCAAAAACAGUAAUGAUUGUAACAAAGCCAGGAGACGAGUCAUUAGUAAAGAUUACACGCCAAGUCGCCUUCUGGAUGAUGUCUACCCGUGGAGUCACAGUAUUUGUGGAAGACAAGAUGAAAGAUCAACCAAAGUUUAAAUACCCGGCGUUCCUGAAGAGUACGAAGCUCGGUUAUGACUAUACCCAUCAGCUCAAAUUCUGGACAGCUGAUCUCUGUGCUCAAGAAGCCCAUCUCUUUGACGUUGCGAUCACUCUUGGCGGGGAUGGAACUGUUCUCUUUACAAGCUGGCUCUUUCAACGGAUUGUACCCCCUAUUCUACCCUUCUCUGCAGGCUCAUUGGGCUUCCUAACGCCUUUCCCUACAGCGGAUUACAAACAGAUUCUUAAUACUUGUCUAGACCAAGGUGUGCGAGUCAAUCUGCGGAUGCGCUUUAGCUGCACUAUAUAUCGGUGUCUUGAACACAGGACUGUUGAUACGACCAAAAAGAAGAAGCGCAAAGGAUCACGCAAUAAAAGCGUCAAUAAAGAUAAGGGAUCAUCUAAUGGACAAACCACAUUAAUGGAUGAUAGUGACGACGACAAUGAUGUCCGUCGGCUAGCGCUUCCAACUGUUCUUACCACUCCUACAGAAACAUUUGAGAUUUUAAACGAUUUGGUUCUGGAUCGAGGGCCCAGCGCCAACCUUAGCCUUUUAGAGCUUUUUGGCGAUGAAGAACAUCUAACAACAGUCCAGGCUGAUGGUAUUGUGAUUUCGACGCCUACGGGAUCAACAGCCUACUCGCUUGCUGCUGGUGGGCCGUUAACACAUCCUGAAAUCCCCUCUAUUUUGAUAUCACCCAUCUGUCCACAUACAUUGAGUUUCCGCCCGAUGUUAUUGCCUGAUUCUAUGGAACUUCGGAUCUGUGUUCCUUUCGAUUCGCGCUCGACUGCUUGGGCUAGCUUUGAUGGGCGCGGACGGGUAGAACUUAAACAGGGAGAUCAUAUUAAGGUGACUGCGAGUGUUUAUCCAUUCCCAACCAUCUGCUCCAGCACUCAAUCAUCUGAUUGGUUUCAUUCUCUCUCUCGUUGUUUACGAUGGAACGAGCGAGAACGGCAAAAAGGGUUUCGUGUUGUCGAACAUAGUCGACCAAGGAAAACACGACAUGCCCCACUAUCAACUCCCCCUCUAUCUAGCAUAAGUACAAAUACAGGAGCCAAACCAAGCAGCACACAUUUCAAUGAAGACGGGCAGCCGCAACCACAGUUCCAGUUAUUCGGAGAAACUGCCCCUAAUAAUGGUGCGCAUGAUGUUCAAUAUUCAAAUCAAACUCACGGACACGGGCACGGACAUGGACAUGCACACGGACACGGACACGGACAUGCACACGGACACGGACACGGACAUGGACAUGGACAUGGACAUGGGCACGGCCAGGAUUCGUAUUUUAUGUGCGGCAAUAGCAGCGCUGGCGCCAGUGCCAGUGGCAGCACACGGGCGAAACAGAGCGUACGGCCAGGAUUACCAAGAAUGGUGACUUCAGCGCAAAAUGAUUACUUUGAUCAGUCGCCUCACGACACAGACACGAUGCUAACCUGUUGGGGCACCGAUUCGAGUGAAGAUGACGACGAUGAUGAUAGUGACCCUUUGGAUGAAAAGGAGGAUGAUGCAGCUGAUGGUGAUGGCGAGUGGGAGGAUUCAAGCAGCGAUGAGGCAUACUCUAAUGAUGGACAAGAAAUUACUAACCAAAAGAGGGAAGAUGAUAGCAGUAGUAGAGCUCAUGACAAUAUAAGGAAAGCAAGCAGAAGUGAGGGAAACGAUGGUGGCGGUGAUGAGGGUAGUAGUAAGGAAGCUGAAGGCAAAAAGCCUAAAGUUUCCGAGUCAUCUCAAAGAACGAUAUUUACCAGUGGCGGUACAAAAAACAUUACAUUUGCGUCCACAGACACAGACACAGUGGAGACUACUACGAAUCGGUUGAAAGAUAUUUCUAUAGAACCAAAGGUUGUUUCAGGCUCAAAUAAUGGUCAUCCUACUUUAUAACUCUGUAGAUAAUUUUAUGCGAACAAAUAAGCAAAAAAAAAAGGAAAAGAGCUAUA